CCUCAACCUUUGCUCUUUAUCCAUUGAGCCCGAUAAUUCGGCGCCAACUGAUUAUCAUGAAUCAAAAUCAGGAAAUGGAUCAAGUCCAGAAGGUCUGGGGACGCAUUCGUGUCAAUAGUCCCAUAUAUGCCUUUCUCCUUGACGACAUAGAGAUCUAUUAUGCCGAGAAAGGUGUUUUCCAGGCUCGUCUCCAGGUUACACCUCGUCAUCUAAACUCUAAGGGCACCCUGCACGGUGUUUUCUCGGCCUGUGUUACUGAUUGGGCAGGUGGACUUGCAAUUGCUUCCUGUGGUCUCGACUCCACGGGUGUGAGCACCGAUAUCCAUAUCAACUAUCUUUCUACAGCAACUGCAGGAGAUUGGCUUGAGAUCGAAGGCCGCGCUGACAAAGUCGGUAAGACGCUUGCAUUUACAACAGUGUCCAUCUCUAAGAGAUUGGAUGCUGAACACGUAACAAUUGUCGCGCGUGGCUCUCACACGAAAUACAUAAAAUACAAUAACGGCCAACAUCCCAGCAACAAUACGCAGGACACUGAGCAGUAGAAGAAGGAAAGAAAGAAAAGGGGAGAGAUGAGACGGUAUUGAGAAAACUACAAAAUCGCUGCCUUUUUCUUCCGACAUGACAUGCAUUUACUUUGAAUGUUUGGAUUCACUCGGGCAGCGUAGAAGAAAUCCACUUCUCUUUUGCCCUUUCUGCGGUUUCUACACAAACAGCGAGGCAUUAGAGAACAGGACACAUUAUUAUAAUUAUGUUAUACAUGAGAGAUUAGAG